AGCAACUGGGCAGACUGGAAGCUGAGGCAGAGAGUGUGGAUGAAGCUGUCUACUCCCACUGAGACUGAACAGAGACACACAGAAACCCUGAGCUGGCUGCAGGAAACACCACCCUGUCAGGUCGAAGAUGAGACCGAGAAGCCAAACGUGGAAGAGGAAGAGGAGGAGGACGAAGAGCUGGAUAAGUUGCUGGGCAUUGAGCGUUUAAGUGACCUGGUCAGUGAACGCCCUGCACGGGAACCUGAGCGAACCUACAACGAGAAGGAUUUUGAAUAUCAUCGACACACGUCACAUCACAUUCACCACCCGCUCUCUACUCACCUGCCACACCACACACGCCACAGGAGGAAGCUCCCUCGCCCAGAACGCACGAAGAAGAAGAGGAGGAAAAAGAAAAAGACUUCAGUUCCUCCAUCAGAGGGCACGCCCACCAUCCAGGAAGUGGAUGAGGAGGAGGAAGAGCCUUCGGAGGUGGAAACACAGGACAGGGAUCUAUCAGGAAAUGAGGAUACGCACGAUCCACCGAAAGCUGAUACAUCGAGUAACAGAUCCCUGGGAUCCCAUCUCAUGUCAACAGAAUCGACCGAGUCUCUAAUGAUGCAGCAGCAGAUUCAAGACUGUGAGCAGCAGCAACCAUGGCAACCCCAUACAGGACUGACAGGAAGUUUUCUGAAGCCUCUGCAGGAGUCCUCCCCGAGGAGUCUUGACAGACAGAAGGCCUCUCCCCGGAUUACAGGCGGACAGCGAGCACGUUAUGAUCUGCGGGAACGGAUUUGCAUUGGGAGUAUGACUGCACUCGGGGUGACGGCGUACCAGCAAGUGCCGACUGAUGAUGCCGAAGCACAGAUGCUUGCCAGUGCUGACCUGGACUACAUGAAAAGCCACCGAUUCGAGGACAAUCCAGGUGUGCGUCGGCAUCUGGUGAAGAAACCGUCCAAAAGCCAAAUGAGUAAAGUCAGCAUCAAAGUCCCACAGGCCGGGAUGAAGAGGUUCCAGCUGGACAGAAAGCCCCAUGAGGUUUUCGUCGAGCUGAACGAGCUGGUGUUGGGGAAGAACAAUGAGAUGUCGUGGCAGGAGACCGCUCGGUGGAUCAAGUUUGAGGAAGACGUGGAAUCAGAGACAGACAAGUGGGGAAAGCCGCACGUGGCGUCCCUCACAUUCCGCAGCCUCCUGGAACUGAGGAAGACCAUCGCACAAGGUGCUGUGCUGCUGGAUCUGGAGCAGAAAACAUUGCCUGGAAUAGCCCAGCUGGUGGUGGAAACCAUGGUGAUCACAGAUCAGAUCAAACCGGAAGACAGGGCCAGUGUAUUGAGAGCACUCCUUGUCAAACACAGCCACCCUAACGAUGAGAAAGAAGGGAUCUUUUUCCCUCGCAACGUCUCUGGCUCCACCAAAGCAACCAGCCUGGGUGUUCCCCACCCUCACCAUGAGCACAAAGUGUCAAAGGAUUCCUCCACCACCAUGCCCCUGAUGGGAGACGAACGCAUCGAGGUGCAAGACCCCAAGAAGGUGGAUUCAGGCCCUCAGAAACAUUUCAGAUCUCCAAGCAGCCGGCACAGUGAGAGGCACAAAAGGAAAGCAGAACAGAGGCUCAUGGAGAAGAUUCCAGAAAAUGCAGAGGCAACUGUGGUCCUCAUCGGGACUCUUGCCUUUCUUGAACAGCCCACCAUGGCCUUUGUGCGCCUCAGUGAAGCAGUUUUCCUUGAGUCAGUUUUGGAAGUUUCAGUGCCUGUACGAUUCAUCUUUAUCCUCCUCGGGCCAAUGCAGUCCAACAUGGAUUACCAUGAGAUCGGGCGCAGUAUCUCCACCCUGAUGUCAGACAAGGAUUUCCAUGAGGCAGCCUAUCAGGCUGAUGAUCGCCAGGACCUCUUAAACGCCAUCAACGAGUUCCUGGACAGCAGCAUUGUCAUCCCACCACUGGAACUAGAAGGCAAAGAUCUCCUGAGAUCGGUCGCGGCCUUUCAGAAGGAGAUGCUGAGGAAGAGGAAACUGAGAGAGCAGAGAAAAUCACUGAGGAGGGAGGAAUCCAUUCUCUUCGAGACGAAAGACGUGUGUGGGGAGGUGAAGGACGAAAGUGAUGAUGAUCCACUGAAGAGAACAAGGAUUCCGUUUGGGGGCUUGUUCCGGGAUAUCAAGCGGAGAUACCCAAAAUACAUGAGUGACCUUUGGGAUGCAAUGGACUGCCAGUGUCUGGCUGCGAUCAUCUUCAUUUACUUUGCAGCCCUGUCACCGGCCAUCACAUUCGGAGGAUUGCUCGGUGCAAAGACCGAGGGGUUAAUAGGGGUUUCAGAGUUAAUCGUCUCCACAUCAGCCACAGGUGUGGUCUUCUCCCUGUUGGGAGCCCAGCCCCUCCUGGUGAUUGGAUUUACAGGCCCCCUGCUGGUCUUUGAAGAGGCGUUCUACAAGUUCAGCAAAACCCAGAACGUGGACUACCUCACAGGUCGUGUGUGGAUUGGCUUCUGGCUCAUGGUCAUUGUGGUCAUCACGGUGGCCUUUGAGGGAAGUUUCCUGGUGCGCUACAUCUCACCUUUUACCCAGGAGAUCUUCGCCUUCCUCAUCUCCGUCAUCUUCAUCUACGAAACCUUCCACAAUCUUUACGAGGUCUUUGAGGAGAAUCCUCUCCUGAAGACAUAUCCACCCUUCUCUCUGAGAAAUGCCAAUCUCACUCACCCAUUACUACAAACCGACCAGCAGAUGCAACCCAACACCGCCCUGCUCUCCCUCGUCAUGAUGGUUGGCACAUUCUUCAUUGCGUAUUUCAUGAGAAAAUUCCGGAACAGCCGGUUUCUAGGAGGGAACGCCCGGCGCAUCAUCGGAGACUUUGGGGUUCCCAUUGCGAUCCUGGUGAUGGUCCUUGUAGAUAUCUCUAUCACAGACACAUACACUGAGAAACUGGACGUGCCACUGGAAUUUUCCGUCACCUCCCCGGAGAAGCGAGGCUGGUUCAUCCACCCAAUGGGGAAGGAUCAGGACUUCCCAAUAUGGAUGAUCUUCGGUUCAGCGAUUCCAGCCUUGCUGCUCUUCAUCCUGAUCUUCAUGGAGACCAACAUCACCACGUGA